CGUCGAUCAAUUCUUCAAUAGCUUUGUCCAAUUCCUCUGCUCCUUCGGGUCGAUAUCGCGGCGGAUUGAUAGAGAAGUUAAACCGACAUCAGACACGACAAAUCAGAAGUUAUCGUUGUUGAGCAAGUAUAGUUCCUAGACUAUAUGAUUUGUGGUUGAUGACAAACCUUAAGCAGAAGCAUCUUAGUUCCAUGGGACCAAGAUGGAAAUUUAAAGAUGCUGAAGCAAAGGCUCUUGCAGAACCUAUUUCCAAAUCUGUCUCAGAGCUCCAGCUAUCUCUAGCCAAAACAGAGUCAUCCGGUUCCCUCUCGAGCUGCAACGUGCUUCUAGCCGUCGAGCCAGAGCAAGCUGACCUGCUCCGCCGCUGUUGUUUCGGCAUAUCCGCUGAGAAAGUCAAGAAAUGGAUUCAGUUGUCCUUUGAAGAAGCUUUCUAUUUGCUCUACAUCCUCAAAUGCAUCAAACUCACCCUUCAAGGUCGUUGCUUGGAGAACGAAGUAGAGAUAUGGAUGUACAUGAGAUCAAAAAGACCGAACUUCCCGGUGUUUUUCAAAGCUUAUUUACAUUUGCGUUCCAAGAACUGGGUUUUAAGAUCAGGGCUGCAGUACGGUGUGGAUUUCGUGGCGUACCGUCACCAUCCAUCUCUUGUCCACUCUGAAUACUCUGUUUUGGUUCAGUCUGGUGAUAGUGACCGGUUAAGAGUGUGGUCUGAUGUCCAUUGUGCUGUUCGGUUAAGCGGAAGUGUUGCCAAAACGUUGUUAACUCUCCAUGUCAGUGGUAAUUCUAACAGAGAGGAUGUGAACCUGCCUAUGUGUUUGGAGAACUACAGAGUGGAAGAGCAAACUAUAAGUAGAUGGAGCCCAGAACUCAGCCGUGAAGAUGAAACCACAACCCCGAAACCAAAAGUUACCACCAAUGUGAGUAAUUUGGCAACCCCAUGAAGAACCGGUCCCGGUUAGUUGAGUGCUGGUUUUGAUUUUUCACAUCAUUCUCUAAGCAAUUUUGUUUUCAGUUUUAGUUGAGAUAGUGAGAUACACAAACAUUUGUUUUCUAUAGUUUACAAAUCUCAUACGCUUUUAAUUCUA